UCGCUUAUAGAAAAGUUUUGAAUGGUCUCCUCUACUCAUCAUGUAAAUUUAUUUAUUGAUUGUCAUUGAAAAAAGAAACAUAUACAAAAGGUACGCGCGCACCGCAGAGAGCGAAAUAUCACGAGCGUUCGAGAUUUCUAAUAUACAUUAAAUGUAUUCACAUGUGUUUGGUGCUUUUUUCCUAUAUUUACUUUGAAAAUUAAUUUAAUUAUUAGUAAUUUAGUUAAGAGACUACCGAAUAAUUAAUAUUUACGGAAUUACGGAUUUCAAUGUUCGAUCGAUCGGUGCUGUUUGUUCGAUGACGAUGGCAAUAAAAUCUAUUUUUAUUCUCAAGUGCUGUUAAAUAUUAAACUAAAGUGCAAUUUGUGUAUAAAAAAAAAAAUAAAAAAAAAAAGACAGAACAGCAAAAUGCGACGUCAUACACCCCUCGGCCAAACUGGUCGAGCGUUUUCGGAGGCAUCGCCUUUAAAUCCCAACCUAUCAUUGAUUCGUUCAAGCGCAUCUCCCCAAGCGCGUCGUGAAUCGUAUGGCAGUUUUUUUCAUUUUGGAUUUUUACGUAACUCUUUUUCCAAAAGCGGCCAUUCAUUUCAGAGUCUCAACCGUCUUGGAGAUUCUAUGGGUUCGUUGGGACAUCGUGCUCUCCUACAAUAUGUGGACUCUAAUGAUUUAUCUGGUCUACGAGCAAUCUUAGAUAGUCGUCAUUUGUCUAUAGAUGAUCGGGAUGAGAACGGUACCACGUUAUUGAUGGUGGUGGCAGGUCGCGGUCUCACACCUUUUGUACGUGAACUUUUGACACGUGGUGCUGACGUGCAUGGCGAAGACAAUGAUAAUUGGACUGCUCUCUUGUGCGCUACUAAAGCCGGACAUUUCGAUAUCGUUCAACUGUUGAUAGAGCACGGUGCGGACUUUGAACAUCGUGAUAUGGGAGGUUGGACACCUCUGAUGUGGGCAUCUUAUCGUGGCCACGUCGAAUUGGUGCGUUUCCUUUUAGACAAAGGUGCUGACGUUAACGUUCAUGGAAAUUACCAUUUGGGUCCUUUGCUUUGGGCAGCUGGCCGUGGGUUCAAAGAAGUCGUCGAGAUGUUGAUAAGUCGUGGCGCGAAAGUAAAUGUAGGCGAUAAAUAUGGUACUACGGCUUUGGUGUGGGCAUGUCGCAAGGGUAAUGUAGAAAUUGUGGAUACAUUAUUAAAAGCUGGAGCUAAUGUCGACACAGCAGGCAUGUAUUCGUGGACUCCUCUUUUGGUGGCCGCCUCGGGUGGUCAUACCGAUUGCGUAACUUCGUUACUGGAAAAGAAACCAAAUGUUAAUGCUUUGGAUAAGGAUGGUUUAACCGCCUUAGCAAUAGCCAGUCGUGAAGGUUAUCAAGAAAUCGCUGCCGCCUUAAUAGCUGCCGGAGCAUAUGUAAAUAUACAAGAUCGGGCCGGUGAUACUCCACUUAUACACGCUGUGAAGGGCGGUCAUCGCGGCGUCGUUGAGGCUCUGCUUAAAAAACACGCCGAUGUCGAUAUACAAGGGAAGGACCGAAAGUCUGCAAUUUACACCGCUGUCGAAAAGGGUCAUACACAAAUCGUAAAAAUAUUAAUACACACAAAUCCCGAUCUCGAGGCUGCUACCAAAGAUGGGGAUACCCCGUUACUGAGAGCCGUUCGCAAUCGUAAUUUGGACAUGGUGCAGAUGUUAUUAGAUCGUAAAGCCAAAGUGGCAGCUAGCGACAAACGUGGGGAUACCUGUUUACACAUUGCCAUGCGUGCCCGUUCCAAAGCCAUUGUUGAAGCUCUGCUCAGAAAUCCCAAGAAUAGCCAAUUGCUUUACAGGGCCAACAAGGCUGGAGAAACUCCCUACGUUAUUGACACCGCUCAUCAGAAAACUAUUUUAGGUCAAGUAUUCGGAGCCCGACGUUUAAACACUAACGAAGAUUCGGAAGGGAUGCUAGGCUAUGAGCUGUAUUCUUCAGCUUUGGCUGAUGUACUUAGUGAACCUACGCUUACAAUACCCAUCACUGUUGGGCUGUAUGCCAAAUGGGGCAGUGGCAAGAGCUUUCUCCUCAAUAAAUUGCGUGAUGAAAUGACCAAUUUUGCACGCCAAUGGGCGGAACCUCCAAUACGCACUGGUGGCUUACUAUUUUUAGUGUGCUUUCAUGUAGCCUUAGUAUUGGGGACUACAGUGGGGCUAGCAACGUGGUCAGUUUUAUGGGGACUGCUGACGGGCAUAUGUUUUUUAGUUUUAACUUAUCUCCUGCUGGCUGUCAUACACUAUUGCAAUUAUCAAAUGGAUUUAAAUUGGGCCUAUUCUGUAGACCAUGGCAUAACAAAACGAAUUAGUCGCUUAAGGCUGAUACUGCAGGUGGCUUUCUGUCAUCCGCCUGGUUCCCAAGCUGAUACGCAAGCAAAACCAGUGCGAUUUCAUUUCGCCGAAGCCAGCAGCGCUUCUCCUACGGGAGAAGGAGCUGUAGCCCAUAUGUUAGCUUCACUAUUUGAAGCUAUAGAAACUCAUUACGGUUGGCUUUCGACGCGACUAUAUAGAGCUUUUCGUCCCAAACCUCUUAAAAUUACUGCCGGAUGGCGAUGGAGGCGCAUGUGUUGUAUUCCUAUAGUUAUAAUUUUCGAAUUGGGUUUAAUCAGUUUCAUGGUGGGUAUUUCCUUGGUGGUGGCUUACUUUAUGCAUUCUUCUACUGCGGAGCAAGAACGUAUCCUAGUCUUCAUUUAUGUGAUUUGCGUAGUGCUAAUAUCCAUAAUUUGCACUAACUUACACGUUUUAGCUAAGGCGCUUGGAGCCUUAUUUAUAUCACAGGGUCGUCAUUUGAAACGGACAGUACGUUCUAGUGAAGGUGCUCCAUUAACUGCACUCGGGGCAGAAGUAGCUUUAAUGACGGAUAUGGUAAAGUGUCUCGACGCCUUUACUACACAACAGAGUCGUUUGGUAGGCGUGGUAGACGCUUUGGAUUCCUGUGAUACUGAACGUAUACUGUCGUUACUUAAUGCGAUUCAAACUUUGCUCUCGUCACCCAACCGGCCUUUUGUGGUAUUGAUAGCUGUCGAUCCACAUGUUAUAGCAAAAGCGGCUGAAGCAAACAGCAGACGUUUAUUUACCGAAGGCGGUAUCGGAGGUCAUGACUUUUUACGUAAUUUAGUGCAUUUACCGGUUUAUUUACAAAACUCGGGGCUACGUAAAGUGCAACGGGCUCAAAUGACCGCUUUGCUAUUCAAACGCAAUUAUAGCGAAUUGCAAGGUGAUGACGGCCCCGGCUUGGGUCAUUCAGUAUCAGCGAGACGUUUAUCAAAUGCUUCGGAAAUAAUGUCCAGCCAAGAAAAAUUAAGGAAUCCUCCUCAUACGAAUCGUGGUGGAGGCGGUAGUGGUAAGAAAUUGCGUAUGUCUGAAUCGGUAGCCAGUUCGAUAGGUUCAAAUUUACAUCGAUUGGGACAAAACCCUCAAGGGGUUUUAGAUUUAUCUAAAAUUGUAUUAACUGAUGAUUACUUCAGUGAUGUUAAUCCACGCAGUAUGAGACGUUUAAUGAACGUCAUCUACAUAACAGUGCGUUUACUUAAAGCAUUCCAAAUAGAUUUUAGUUGGUAUCGUUUAAGUUCCUGGAUUAAUUUAACCGAACAAUGGCCUUUGAGGGCAAGUAUGAUUGUUUUACAUCAUGAUCAGUAUAUGGAAGCAUUUGAUGAUUUAGUUCCGCUACAAACAGUUUACGAGAAGGUACGACCUAAGUUAGUGUGCUUGCGUGAGGCUGCACCUUUAUUGGAGCUAGAUCGUGAUGAACGUAAAUUGGAUGCUUUUCUUCAACUUCAUAAAUCUGACUUAUUGGUGGCCGACUUACGCAUAUUUCUUCCAUUUACAAUUAAUUUAGAUCCAUAUUUAAGAAAAGUAUUAAAAGAAGAUCAACAGUCCAUUGAAGAUGAAGGCUCUAUGGUUUUACAAAAUCGUCCUAGUGUUCAAGCUACUAUGCGAAUACCACCCACACCUACCACCUAUGUGCCUUCGCCUAUGGGAGGUUACCCUCCGUACCAAAUCCUGCAUAAUGAUUAUCACAUACAAGAGCUGCGGCAGCGUAAUCUAACCUCUAGUAACGAAGUUGCCGUGACACCUCUGCUAAGUUCUCCUGCUGAAUCGUUUGGGGGCGACAUAUUAGAAGCGAAACUUAAUGAUUUAACGGUAGAAGGUGUUAUUAGUCUCAUCGAACGAAUAGAUGAUCUUAAACCUGCUCUGCCAAAAUUAGCUCCUUUAUUACGUGAAAAUUCUAUUAGCGGUCGUGUCUUAAAAUAUUGCGAACUUAAUGACUUAAAACAGGUGUUACAGUUAAGCUUUGGUCAUUGGGAGUUGUUUCGAUUACUUAUAAAUACGUUGCGUGAUUAUGAGAAAAGUCAGCGAAAAGCGAAAAUGACUCCCGCCAUAGUUGAUACAGCCACCACCACAAACGUCUCCACCGCCACUACCAAAGAUACCCAUGACAAUCACAAUUUAUCAGUUAAUCCAACGCAUACAAGAAAAGGCUCAGCACACAUGGAAAAGCAGUCAAAAGUCCAUGAUUAUGAUUUUCUCCAGGUUACCUUAGAAGAGCAGAUGAUAUGCGGUGCUUUGCAAACUUUAAAUGAGGACGCAUUUGAAGAUGUGGCCAGCAGUGAAAGACCUAGUCCUUCGGGCUUGCCCACAGGUGAGAUGAUAGCGGCGGCAGCUGCUCAGCUGCAUUUAGCACCCAUACGUGAAUCAUCGGAAUUUGGUUCACCAUCCGAUGAGCUUAAAAUUAAUAACAGUCUCUCACCAACAUACGCCACUACCAAUAAUUACAACAAUCCUAGUGUUAAUAAUGUUGUUAACUCUAAUAAUAUCAAUAACAAAAACACGUUAACAAAUUACACAACAACAACACCAACAACAAAGACAUCAAGAAAAUCUUUAACACCCACAGAUUACCAUCGUACAAUUAGCUCGCACUCCUUACAAAAUCUGAGCGGGGUUUUGUUCUUGGGUAAUGGGCUGGCCGGUAACCAACACGGGGCGGCAAAUUUACGCCACAGCCUAAUUGAGGAGGGGGGUCUGCAAGCUUUAUCAACGUCUAAUCAUGCUUUAAGCACGUCAGCCAUUCGUUAUGGCAAUGGUAUACAACAGCGACAUCAUUCAGUAGGCGAUGAGUUGUUGUGUGCUCCCCUAACGCCACAGAUACGAUCUCCCACCAAUAAGAAUUUAUCACCACCUGCCGUUGUUGUUAUACCGAAUACAAACGGUGAUGAUCAUAACUCGCCAACGAUAGAUGAUACAAAAUUAUAGGAUUGGAAUUGGGUCGGUAAGGGCUGGUUUCAAUUGUGAUAGUGUGUAACAAUAACAAUUUGAGAACAGAAAUGAGAAUUCAACAUAUCUUUACAAAUGUUAGGAAGAGAUGUACAUAUAAACAGGUACGUAAGUAGCGAAGCAAAUGAUAGACAGGCUUUUAUCCGACCGACGGUACUAUUGCUCGUAUAUAUAGGAUUAUAAUCGAUAAACGUAAAUCUAGUUUAGUAACAAAUUACUCGUUCUUAAAGCAAUCUAUGCCAUACACAUAUAUGUAUAUGGUUUAUUUUAUACAGUGUAUAAUACAAAAUAACGGAAGAAAUAUUUUGACUGAUUUUAUACUUAACAAUUACUUACCAUAUGUACACAUGGAAAGGAUAUUCCAAAAUGACUACUAACGUUCGUCAAUGUUAAACAUACAUAUGUACACAAUGUUUUUUUUUUUUUUUUUUUUUAUAUUAAUAUAUUGAUGU